AUGUUCCUCGACUACCAGUUCAUCUUCAUCAACCCGCCAUCUUCCACUAAUGACCUUGUCACCGAGUGGAAAUGCGCGAUCAGCAAUAUCCUCCCUCAGGAGUUGCACAAAAACUUCUCAGUCCUCGAGGGCAAGCUGUGUUCGCUACCAGUCGAGCAGCUGGCGUGUGACUGCAUCGUUUCACCUGCAAACUCGUUUGGCAUCAUGGAUGGCGGUUACGAUAUGGCGCUCUCUCGAUAUUUCAGCGCAGAUGGCGGUGACGACAUCUACGCUUUGACACGCACAGCCCAAAAGGCUAUUCAAGCUCGCUGGCGCGGGUAUGCACCGCCGGGAACUGCCACUGUAACGGCGCUCCCGUCGGGCAUUCACAACCCAGUUGGCGCCACCACGCUCGCGAUCGUGCCCACCAUGUGCCGUCCCGAGGAUGUGAGGUGGCAUCGCGAUCUCGUAUACAACGCGAUGUGGGCGCUGUUGUGCGAUCUCGAACGCUGGAACGCAGAGAACCCGGCGAAGCCUAUUCGGCGCGUAUUGAUGCCAGGUUUGGCUACCGGGACGGGAGGCGUUAGAGCGGAGGUGGCUGCGAGGCAGAUGGUCAUGGCUAUCAAGCACUUUGCGCGAGUCGAUCAGGAGCAGGGCUCGACGCAGCUCACCUUAACCUACCAUACCGACUAUCCGCUCCAUAAUCUGCUUGGCGAUGAUGACCGGCGGCGUGGGUAUGCCAAUGGGAGCUACUACCCGCUUCUCCUCGUUCGACGCAUAUCCAUUACUACAGCAAGGAUCUUACUCCCACAGCAUCGUGAGUGGCGAGCGAACGCAAUUCCUCCAGUGGCCGGCAGGUGA